AUGCGUAUCGCCGCCAGCACCCCCGAAGCUCUUCAGCUUCUACACAAUAUUGCGUCAACUGCUGUUACGUGGUCGUCUGGGCGUCUCGAUGUUUUUGGCCUGGGAAGCAACAAUGCCUUGUACCAUAAAUGGUAUCAGAGACAGUGGGGGCCGUCCCAGAAUGAUUGGGAAUACCUUGGAGGCACCUUCAGCAGUCAACCAGAGGCCGUCUCCUGGGGACCUAACCGGAUCGAUAUUUUUGGGCUAGGUACCAACAAUCAGAUGUACCACAAGUACUGGAACGGGUCCGCCUGGGGUCCAUCCACAACAGAUUAUGAGCACUUGGGAGGUGUCUUCAGCUCACGCCCAUCUGCUGUCGCCUGGGCCGAGAAUCGACUGGAUAUUUUUGGCCUUGGGUCAAACAACCAGAUGUACCACAAGUGGUGGGAUGGUUCUCGUUGGGGGCCAUCUCAAACAGGAUGGGAGCACCUUGGUGGGGUGUUCAGCAGCCCCCCAAGUGCCGUAUCUUGGGGACCGAACAGAAUCGAUAUCUUUGGCCUUGGAACUGAUAAUCAGAUGUAUCAUAAAUGGUGGGAUGGUUCAAGAUGGGGACCUUCAGUAACUAACUGGGAAGCUCUCGGCGGAGUCUUCAACAGCCAGCCAGUCGCCGUGGCCUGGAGUGCCAAUCGUCUCGACAUCUUUGGUCUCGGAACGGACAACGCCCUCUAUCACAAGUGGUGGGAUGGUUCCAGAUGGGGACCAUCUCAAACAGGCUGGGAGAACCUCGGUGGGGUAUUGACUAGCCCUCCUGCGGUUGUCUCAUGGUACCAAAACCGGUUGGAUAUCUUUGGCAUUGGAACAGACAACCAGAUGUAUCAUAAAUGGUGGGAUGGCUCACAAUGGGGCGGUUGGGAAGCUUUAGGUGGCGUUUUCAACAGUGCUCCAACCGCAGUGUCCUGGGGCAGAGGGCGACUUGACAUCUUCGGCCUGGGCACCAAUAAUGCUAUGUACCACAAAUGGUACAAUGGCCGAUGGGGUCCAUCCGUCACUGACUGGGAAUCGCUUGGAGGAACUUUCACCUCAACUCUUAAGGCAGGCCCGAAAUGA